AUGGCGUCCCCGAGUACAAACGAAGCCAUCGCGGCAGGCGAGUCGCAGAAGCCUCAAGCGUCAGAAAACAGGGAUUUGCUUGACCUCUAUCAACGGCGAGGCGCCAGGACCCUGGCAAUGAUGGAUGCAUCUCGCAGCGAGAAGAAGCACGAUGUCGAUGGCCUUUCCGACAAGGACCUUGAGCGAAUUACCAUCUCCCUCAAGGACGAAGAGGAAGACGACAAUGACCCACAGGAAAAGAAGUCUGUUGGUGAGACAUCCCGCAGCUUCAGGCACUACACGUUUGUGAAACGAUGGGAGCCGCUGAGCUCGCCAGACGAGAGCUGGGGGCCAACAAGGUCGUCGGAUGCGACCUUGGACGUGGCGUGGUUCAUCGCGUCGCCAGAGGUCCUGCCCGAGGAUGACCCGGCGUAUCUCUGCGACAUGUGUCGGCACAUCGACUUCAAGUUGCUGCUGUCCCAGCGCGGGCUCCCCUCGGGCGCCGUGCGGAUCACUGUUCACGGCUUGUGGAGAGUGAUGCAAGAAGAGAACAGUUGCUCCUUUUGCAGGAUGCUGCGGCAGAAGAUCACCGGCGACGGCCUUGUCUCCGGCAUGACAGCAGAAGAGAUCUCUGAAGGAGGCUUCUACCUCAACGUGGUCGACGAGGGCCCCGAACGUGCGCUGAGACUGGAGGUGGAACUCGAGGACCGAGCGGCGCAGAGGCCGGAGAGGUUUCUAGUGCACAAGAUUGAGGAACUGUCGCGACAGCCUCUAGCUGGCCGAAUCGUGCGGCAAGACCACGCUGACAUGGGCCGCUUGAGGAACUGGCUUGGUAUUUGCGAGGAGACGCAUCAGGUUUCCAGUCAGGGAGCCGAUCCCGACCUUACUUCGCUGCGAGUCAUCGAUACCGAGGAACUUUGCAUCAAGGAGGUGGAGAUGCCCUUCCGCUAUAGCUGCCUCUCUUACGUAUGGGGGAAGGGGAGUCAGACACACGAUCCCUCGUUGGGACGGUUUGCGAACCGAGGCAUCGCCAUGGACCACGGGUUCGGCGAUGCAAUCAUGUCGUCCGAUGACAUAGACUUGGAGAACUUCCGGCCCGACAUGCUGAAGAAGAAGGCAUCCGUCUUCAAGGUCACGGUGGACGCGGCCCGGGAUUUCAUGAGCUCCCUCGGCGAGGCCCAGGCAUCGACGCCUUGGGAUCUGUACCGCCUCGCCGUGGACGAUUACACGAAACGGAAGCUGAGCUGGGAGUCGGACGCCGUCGACGCCUUUGGCGGCGUAGAGCAUAUCGUCAGGCAGGGCACGAACGCCAAGUUCUGGUACGGACUGCCCUCCUUCGCGUUCGAGCGAUCCCUCAUGUGGAAUCCCGGAGAGGUCCUCGAAAGGCGUUCUCUGAACGGCAAAUCCCUUUUCCCAAGCUGGUCGUGGGCCGCCUGGCGGGGCCAUGUGUCCUAUCGCGGAAGAGGUUGGAAGAACUCGAUAUGCUGGGAGCCUUUGCCUGUGAUACGCUGGAUGGUCAGGGUCGAACCCAAAUGGAUCAUCGAGAACUUCAAGGAGUCGGGGGAGAGGACGGAAGAGGAGGUCGAGGAAUACUCCAAGAGGGUGGCCCAGUCCAAAGUGCUGUUGCGAGAGCUCAACCCCUUUUCGCUUUACCAUAUGGACGACAUGGAGGAUGACGGCUGGGCUGUGGAACAUGACGAAGGGCGUAACCGACAUGUCUAUUCCCACCCCGCUUACCAGAACGCAAGGUUCACAUACCCGGCCAGUCUGCCGGGCCAGACUGUCGACGAUCGCCCAGACGGGGCCGGCAUGCUGUAUUUCAUGGCGCACGCUGUGCCGGUCGUGGCCUGCGACAUGGCACAAGAACCCUUCAAGAUGGAAAUCGAGGACCGUCACCUGCAGAUCGGUUACAACGACGAGGACCGCUCGGCAAACUACCGUCCGCCCUGGCAACGGAUCGUCUACCACCAAGGCUACCGCGCCGGCACCACCUGGCCGCCAUCACGCGCGGCAGCCUCCCACACGUGCCGCCGCCGGCGCCCGGCUGGGACGCCUACUGGGGCGCGCACCCCCAUCAGAUCCAGCACCAGCUUUUCAACCAGGACGAGCGUCCCCAACGAGACGGCGGAGCCGCGGACGGCGCCGCCGGACAACGAGAACGGAGACCCGCACUGGGACGAGGGACGGUUCAACGGGGUGGGCGUCAUCGACGUGUACGACGUGCUGCUUCUGAGGGACCGGGACGGCGUUUCGGAGAGAAUCGGGGGAGGGAAGGUCAAUUACUGUGCUUUUUGGGCGGCUCGUCCGGAGGAGAUGGUGGUUACACUUGCUUAG